CUACUAGUCCGAUGGAAGACCUGAGGGCAACUUACAGAGACACGGAGGAUGAGAGCAAUGAAUCCUCCCUCAACACCACAGCCACGGCAACGGUCACCGGCGAUUCUCCCACUACGGAACCACCAUCUGCAUCUACCUUCGACGUAGAAGCAACCGCUUCUGACAUUCCGGCGCCACGCGCAUCGGAUUACUAUAAUUCGGAAACAGAUCGCAAAUCUUCUUCGCAACUCGUCAAAUCAUAUGAAACGGAUGAAGAAGAUGGUGAAGAAAGUUAUGAUGAUGAAGACGAAGAGCCUCCUCCGAAGAAGCAUAAACUAUUCCCGUCCACCAUCUCGUCCUCACGGACUCAGUCAGCCGUUGUAGAGCUGGCUGAGGAGGAAUGUACCGGAAUUCCCUUGGAAACUCCAUCUGUCAAAACUAAACCUACUACUGAGGUUAAAGAACCAGUUUCGAAGAGUAGCAAGAAGUCAAAAUCUAAGAAGAAGGGUAACAACGUGUGGACGAAGCCUGCAUCUAGAAAGGGAAAGAAGAAGAACAAAAGUAACGGUAACAAUAAUGGAAACAAGAAGAAUGUUGAUGCACAGGAAUCUGAGGACAAGGUGUUGAUCACACCUGUACCUAGGUUCCCCGAUAAGAAUGAUGAUGGACAGGAGAUGAAAAUCUGCCUCUCUAAAGCUUUCAAGGCAGAGAAAGUUGAUCUAAGUGAGGAUAGAUUGAGUGCCGGGAGUACAAAGGGGUAUAGAAUGGUAAGGGCCACGAGGGGGGUGGAGGAAGGGGCUUGGUACUUUGAGAUUAGGGUGAUGAACUUGGGGGAAACUGGGCAUACACGGCUUGGUUGGUCAACUGAAAAGGGGGACAUUCAGGCUCCUGUUGGAUACGAUGGGAAUAGCUUUGGCUAUAGAGAUAUUGAUGGCAGUAAAGUUCACAAGGCACUUAGAGAGAAGUAUGCGGAUGAAGGAUAUGGAGAAGGUGAUGUCCUCGGUUUUUAUAUUAGUUUGCCUGAUGGGCGCCAGUAUACGCCUAAUCCUCCCAGGCUUGUGUGGUACAAGGGACAGAGAUACAUGUGCACAGCUGACCCUAAGGACCCCCCCAAAGUUGUUCCUGGGAGUGAGAUAUCUUUCUUCAAAAAUGGCAUAUGUCAAGGAGUUGCUUUUAAGGAUCUCUAUGGUGGUCGUUACUACCCUGCUGCUUCAAUGUACACACUUCCCAACCAACCUAAUUGUGUCGUGAAGUUCAACUUUGGCCCUGAUUUUGAAUGCUUUCCACAAGAAUUUGGUGGGCGCCCAACACCAAGACCUAUGGUUGAAGUUCCAUAUCAUGGAUUUGAUGGGAGAGUUGAGAAUGGUAAUUUGUGGCAUUCAGUGAGAAUGCGCACGAUGCUGAAAGUUGUUAAUGGAGAAGAUUAUAGUAAUGUGGAAGCUGCUGAACCUAACAGCUAAACUUGUGGAUAUAUAUAGUCUAUUCAGGUUGGUUUUGUUCUAAACUUUUGUAAAUGAAAUAGGUGAAGAACUGUACGGGCGAUGAUGCCUAAUGGUACAACUCCUUAGUAGGGGCGAAUUUCCAAUGCAUCAUCCAUCAAUCCUCACCCUUGGCACAUUCCUGUGUGUUUUUAUAAUGUACUUUUAUUUAUGAAAGAGUCUCUUGUUCCUGGUCUGGGUAGGGUGAACGGGGGGAUGACGUUUACAUUGCAAAGUUUGUUGAUGAAUUGUUUGGUUGGAGGUUGAACGCAGGGGAGGAAAAGGAGAUGUGUGUUUUUUAGUAGGGAUGUUUUUACUUGGACUGUAAUCUAUCAAGACCCGAACAGACUAGACCAAACUUGGAUAGUUAUAAAAACACAAAGAGACCACACAUUACCCGUUUAGACCAGAAAAGACCAGACCAGACCAGCCAAUUACAGUCCAAGUAAAAACAUCCUAGGUCCAUGUCAUUUUGUAUUAUUACUACUCCGUCUUUUCAUUCCCUAAUACUUGCUUGGCGCCUUUUUUCCUUUUCCCCCUUGUCAAUUUUUUUCUGAAAAACAAACAUGAAUUACAUAACUCUAAUGUCCUUGUGCGUUUAAUGGAUCAAGCCCACUCGUGAAAUAUAAAUUCAACGCAUUAGGCCUCUGUAGGGGCGGAUGGUAGUGAGAGGAGCCCAACCCAAUUUUUUUAGUUAGUAUAAGUAUAUAUUUAAUUAUCAGUCGACUCCAAAAUUAAUUCUCAGUCCACUCCAAAAGUCAUUCCUAGCGCAGCCCAUAGCCCACUUAAGUUACUUCACGCGAAGCUGAAGUGCGAAGAACAGAAGUCUGAAGAAGGAAAGUUGAACUGCAAAGAACAGAGGAGCUUGAGCGUGUGAUGAAGAGCUGCUAGUCUGCGACACUGUGACGAAGACGUCCACGCGUCCACGGACCUGCAUUGUCCGUCCUUCUCCGGACUCCGUCUCUGUGUCUCUGCCCGGGGCUCUGCCUCCAGCUUCAUUGGCCACUGCUCCAGGUAUCAGAGUUGCACGUGUCUCAAAGAAUUGAAAUUGAGUAAGUUAUUAGCUAUCAGGGAGCGUGAAUUGGGAUGUGGUGCAAAUCAAGUUCAUAAUUUGCAACGAUCAUGAUCUACUCGUUGGAGCUCUCAUCAUAGCUCCGUGAAGAGUUUGAUAGACAUGUAUGUUGCAGUUUGCAAAGUGUUUGAACAUUUGGUUGAGAACUCUCUGAAUGGAAGAUCUAAAGCUGAGAUUCUCGAGACCUAUGGAAAAGUGACAAGCUUUGAAUUCGUGUUUGUCUUACCAUUGAUGCCUAAACUUCUCUGGAUAACUGAUGCUAUUUGCCAGGUUCUUCAAAAAAAAGUCUUGAUAUUUUGAGUGCUAUUACAUUUGUUGGUAUUACUAAAGUUAUCCUUUAAGAGUUAAGGACAUCUGGUUGGGAGGAAUUUCUUAAGGAAGUCAAGAUUUUUUGCUCUUCAAAUGAUAUUGAUGUUCUAAAUUUGAAUGAUCCAUAUAAGAUUGGGCGUUCUCGUUUCCAACCCACAACAAAACAUCAUUAUCAUUUUGAUAUUUUCAAUGAAGCGAUUGAUUUUACUUUGAUUGAGUUAGGCACACGCUUUAAUGAUAUAUCCAUGGAACUUCUUCAACUUAGUCUUGUUUUGGAUCCCAAGAACUCCUUCAGCUCAUUUAACAGUGAGGAUAUUUGUAAACUUGCUCAAAAGUUUUAUCCUGUAGAUUUAACUGAUCAUGCAUGAUAUUGUUUCGACAUCUCAAUUAUUGACACUUGUUGAGUUAUGUCAAAAUUUGACGGAGAGUGAGAAAUCAAAUACUUAUCUUAUGCUGACAAGAUUAAUUCGUCUGGUUUUGACCCUAUUUGUUUCUACCGUUACUACGCAAAGAGCAUUUUUGACAAUAAAGCAUGUCAAGAGUCAAGAUGGCAUGUUGUAACAAAAUGAGAUGAUUUUCGUGAAGAUUCAUUGAUGAUCUACAUUGAACGAGAUUUUGUCAAUAAUAUAGAUGUAGAUUCUAUUGUUGAUGAAUUUUAUACUUUGAAAUUGCGACACAACUUAAAUGAUGUUUUGAUGAAUAUUUAAAGUAUUGACGACUUGACGUCUUAU